CUCAGGAACUUUGCUAACGAUGCAGGGGAGGGGUCUGGGGCACCAAGGUCCGGCCCAGGGCAGGAGCAGAACAGGCGGUGCCCCGGCGGCCGCGGAGCUAUGGACGGCAGCGGACCCUUCGGCUGCCCCAUUUGCCUGGAGCCGCUCCGGGAGCCGGUGACCCUGCCCUGCGGCCACAACUUCUGCCUCGCUUGCCUGGGCGCGCUCUGGCCGCACCGCGGCGCUGCUGGCGCCGGCGGGCCGGGAGGCGCGGCGCGCUGCCCCCUGUGCCAGGAGCCGUUCCCCGACGGCCUGCAGCUCCGCAAGAACCACACGCUGUCCGAGCUACUGCAGCUCCGCCAGGGCUCGGGCCCCGGGCCCGGCGCCAGCCCGGCCCCCAGCCCGGCUCCGACUCCGGAGCCCCCGGCGCCCAGCGUGCGGCCCAGCGCUCCGGAGCCAUCGGCUCCGUGCGCCCCUGAGCCAUGGCCGGCGGCCCAAGAGCCAGUGCGCUGCGACGCGUGCCCCGAAGGCGCCGCCCUGCCCGCCGCGCUCUCCUGCCUCUCGUGCCUCACCUCCUUCUGCGCCGCCCACCUGGUCCCGCACGAGCGCAGCCCCGCGCUGCGCGGACACCGCCUGGUGCCGCCGCUGCGCCGGCUGGAGGAGAGCCUGUGCCCGCGCCACCUGCGGCCGCUCGAGCGCUACUGCCGCACGGAGCGCGUGUGCCUGUGCGAGGCCUGCGCCGCCGCCCAGGAGCACCGCGGCCACGAACUGGUGCCGCUGGAGCAGGAGCGCGCGCUCCAGGAGGCUGAGCAGCCCCAGGUCCUGAGUGCAGCAGAGGACCGCAUGGACGAGCUGGGUGCCAGCAUCGCCCAGUCCCGGCGCACCGUGACCCUCGUCAAGAGUGCGGCCGUGGCAGAGAGGGAAAGGGUGAGCCGGCUGUUUGCCGAGGCUGCGGCCACCCUGCAGGGCUUCCAGGCGGAGGUGCUGAGCUUCAUUGAGGAGGGGGAGGCCGCCAUGCUGGCCUGCUCCCAGGGUGACCUGCGGCGGCAGGAGGAGCAGCGUGGCAAGCUCAGCCGGGCCCGCCACAACCUCAGCCAGGUCCCUGAAGGGGACUCAGUGAGCUUCCUGCAGGAGCUCUUGGCCCUACGGCUGGUGCUGGAGGAGGGGUGCGGCCCUGGGCCCAGCCCCCCGAGGGAGCUCAGCUUCACCAAGUCAUCCCAAGCCGUCCGGGCGGUGAGAGAUGUGCUGGCAGCGGCCUGCACCAGCCAGUGGGAGCAGCUGCAGGGGCUGGGCAGUGACGAGGACAGCCUGCAGAAGCCAGGCUCAGAAGCUGACGCUGAGUCCCAGGACCCUGACAGCACCAGCCACCUGGAGAGUGACGCUCCCAGGGACUACUUCCUCAAGUUCGCCUACAUCGUGGACCUGGACAGCGACACGGCAGACAAAUUCCUGCAGCUGUUCGGAACCAAAGGUGUCAAGCGGGUGCUGUGUCCCAUCAAUUACCCCGAGUCGCCCACCCGCUUCACCCACUGCGAGCAGGUGCUGGGCGAGGGCGCCCUGGACCGGGGCACCUACUACUGGGAGGUGGAGAUCAUCGAGGGCUGGGUCAGUGUGGGGGUCAUGGCCGAAGACUUCUCCCCACAAGAGCCCUACGACCGGGGCCGGCUCGGCCGCAACGCCCAGUCCUGCUGCCUGCAGUGGAACGGACGUGGCUUCUCCAUCUGGUUCCACGGGCAGGAGAUGCCCCUGCCCCACCCCUUCUCACCCACGGUGGGCGUCUGCCUGGAAUACGCCGACCGGGCGCUGGCCUUCUAUGCCGUGCGGGACGGCAAAAUGAACCUGCUGCGGAGGCUGAAGGCCUCCCGGCCCCGCCGGAGCGGCCCCCCCACCUCCCCCAGUGACUCCUUCCAGAGCCGCCUGGACAGCCACUUUGCAGGGCUCUUUGCCCACAGGCUCAAGCCGGCCUUCUUCUUGGAGAGUGUGGACGCCCACCUGCAGAUCGGGCCCCUCAAGAAGUCCUGCAUAUCCGUGCUCAAGAGGAGGUGAUGCUGGCUGCCUGGGGCCACCUCCUGCUGCUGUCUCGGCUUCCCGCCAAGCUUGCUGCUCUGAGCCCCCCAUGUUGUCCUGGGGAAGGCACCAGCCUUAGAGUCACACCCCCACACCCCUAUACCCCCAGCCUUCCCCUCGAGAGGCCCCAAGCCCCUGUCCACCUCUGGUCCUUGUUUCUGGGAGAGAGAGCCCCAGCUGGAACAGAUCUGGGCUACCCCAACCCUUCCUCCAUCAGGCUCCCAGAACACUGCCUGGCACCCCUGGCGCGUUGCGGGUACUCAAUAAACAUUUGUUGAAUGAC